AGGCUCCCAAACCCAUACGGCGCGAAAGACCGACACGGAAGCGACACAGGAAGCGACACGGAAGCGACACAGAGCUCAGCAGGAGACACGAUCUCAUACUGCGUCGAGGUGUGGCAAGCGAAGGGAGGAAGGAGGGCGAGCGAGGGAGGAGGAGGAGGAGGAGGACCGGAUCCGAUGUCGGAGCCGGGUCGGCUCACCUACGAGGAGUUCGAGCGGGAGAUCCUCGCGUUCGAGAAGCGAAGCCUCGAGCUGGGCGACGGCUGGACGGUGCACCGCUGCCCCUGCCACGACCGCCGCGCCCUGCGAAAGACCGCGAGGACCGCGGAAGACACCCGCGAAUACGAGGCGAUCUACAGCGACAGCUACAACGUCCCCGUGAUGCACUUCCGCGCGUGGAAGGCGACGGGCGCGGCGGUGAAGCCCGAAGGCGCCUCGUGGGAGACGCUGUCCCAGGCGGAGCAUCCGUGUCGAGGCGACCCGGUCUACGUGGUGCAUCCGUGUCGCACCGACGACCUCCUGAGGAAGGUCCGUGCUUCCUCGUACUUCCUCGCCUGGGUCACCUCCGUGGCUCCCAUGGUCGGGCUCCGGAUUCCACUCGAGUUUGCUCUGUCCGAUUCCUCGACGGUUUCGACAACCCUGCCGGAGAAGUCUUGAUUUACAUAUAUUUUUAUAUAAUAUUAAUAAAAGUG